ACAAGUACUGUAUAUAAUUGAAAUGAAUUACUUUAUUCAGUUUUGUUUUUAAAGAAACUGUCGAAGAUGUCAGUAAGUAGGGAUGUUAUGUCUUCUGAUAUGUUCCACCGUUUUCAAACUGCCACUUGACCGUUUUGUGGAAAUGACUAUCGUAAUACCAAAGUAAAUUACAGACAAGUGCAGUUGAUGUUAGUAAACCUAGUAUUACCGCGAUAGGAUAGGCCUAAUGAAGCAAUGGCUCAAGUCCGACUCCCGGAGUUUAUGCACGUCCAACUUUCAUUAUUUUUCGUAGUAGUCAUAUUCAUAAGCCUACAAUAUGGAGGACUACCGGCUCUCGCCCAAGCCAGUCGCAGCGAACAACCUGUCCCUCAGCACGGUUUGUGCGAACCAAUUACGAUACCAUUGUGUAAAGAUAUUCAGUACAAUAUGACAAUGAUGCCAAACCUUCUCAAUCAUCAAAAACAAGAAGAUGCUGGCUUAGAAGUGCAUCAGUUCUUUCCUCUAGUGAAGGUAAAAUGUAGUUCUGUUCUCCAGUUUUUUCUGUGUUCAAUAUAUGCUCCAGUUUGCACAAUAUUAAAUUAUCCAUUACCUCCAUGUCGUUCUUUGUGCAUGUCUGCCAAAAAUGGCUGUGAAGGUUUGAUGAACAAAUUUGGUUUUCAAUGGCCAGAAAGUUUGGAUUGUGCCAAGUUUCCUGAAGUAGAUGGAGAUAAACUCUGUGUUGCACAAAAUAAUACAGGAAAGUCAAGCCAUGUGGGAACCCCUCCGCCAAAUAGAGAGAACAUCCCAAUAAUUUCAAAUACAACUAAGAAAGAUAUAGGAUUUGUUUGUCCUGUUCAUUUUAGAGUGCCAAAAGGAUUGGAUUAUGUUGUAAGAAUUGGAAAAAAGACAGAAAAGGACUGUGGGCUUCCAUGCCAUGGAAUGUUUUUCAGGAAUGAGGAACGUAAGUUUGCUAAUGUAUGGAUAGGAACAUGGGCUGUGUUAUGUAUGAUUUCAACAUCAUUCACUGUUUUAACUUUUAUCGUGGAUCAAAAAAGGUUUCGGUAUCCUGAAAGACCAAUAAUUUUUCUCUCGGCUUGCUAUUUUGUAGUGGCUUUGACCUAUGUUGUGGGACUUUUUCUUAGAGAUAAAGUGUCUUGUAACGAACUUUUUGAUCCUCCUGGAGGUAAAGCUGGUGUUGAAAUGGUACAAACAAUUACUCAAGGAAGUAAAAAGGAAAGUUGUACAAUUUUGUUCAUGCUACUUUAUUUUUUUAGCAUGGCCAGCUCCAUCUGGUGGGUUGUUUUAACCUUAACAUGGUUCCUAGCAGCUGGUCUGAAGUGGGGGCAUGAAGCUAUUGAAAAAAAUUCCCAUUAUUUUCAUGUUGCUGCUUGGACUGUUCCUGCCAUUAAAACUAUAACAGUUCUUGCUAUGGGCAAAGUAGAUGGAGAUGUGUUGAGUGGAGUAUGUUAUGUUGGCAUUUGGAAUGUUGAUGCCCUACGUGGAUUUAUUCUCGGUCCACUCUUUGUGUAUCUUGCUCUAGGAACUGUGUUCUUAUUAGCAGGCUUUGUAUCCCUUUGUCAUAUUCGUACCGUGAUGAAACACGAUGGUACCAGAACAGACAAGUUAGAAAAGCUCAUGAUACGUAUAGGAAUUUUCUCUGUACUUUACACAGUUCCAGCUGUUAUUGUGUUAGCUUGCUACUUUUAUGAACAGACAUAUUUUGAUACCUGGAUGUUAUCCUGGCAAAACCAGAUGUGCAAGUUGCGAAAUUAUAGUAUCCCUUGCCCUGUUAACCAAAAGUAUUGGCCAAAACCAGACUUUGCAGUUUUUAUGAUCAAGUAUUUGAUGACUUUGGUUGUUGGCAUUACUUCAGGAUUUUGGAUAUGGUCCGGAAAAACCUUCAGCUCAUGGCAUAAUUUUUAUUUCAAGAUUCGGCAGCGAGUAUUCUGCACUGAAGCUUAUGUAUAACUUGUACAAUGGAGAACUAGGAUUUCAACAUUGCAAGAGUUGUAAGAGAAGGGUUUACUUUGUGAUAAUAAAAGGCUUCCUGUCAACUUAUUAUUUACCAGUUUAGGUAACAAAUUUUUGAAAUACUCUUUUUGUUAUUACUAGUCUGAUAUUGUACUGAAUGCUCUAACACUGCUUUCAUUAAGUAGGCAGUAGUAGGAUUUUAUCUUAAAUUUAUUGUCCUAAUUUCUCAAUUCAAAAACUUGCUAACAUUAAACUAGGAAGUUAAUGAAAAUUAGGUAUGAAUUUAUACUUGAGACUUAUUAUGAGCCAGCCGAGAUAUUGGAUGAACUGCAUUUAAAAGGUCUCUUUUGAGUUAUGUGUAAGAAUGUGUGUGAUUCAAAGAAGGAUAGUAUUUAUAAGUUUUGGAAAUAUACUUGUAAGACUGUUCUGAGGCAGGAUUAACAUAAAAUAACCUAUAGAAAAGGCCAACUUAGUCUUUUGGAAAAGUAAAAAUUUAAACUCUCCUUUUACUUUUCAAGAAAUCAUUAAUUCCCCUCUUAAACUCCUGUAAAAUACUAGCCUCCACUAGUGCUAAUGACAAGCAACUGAGUAUUCAAUAAAUCAGUUACCCUGCUAUUAAAACGAAACUGUCUUACCUGGAGCCUAACCUGUUAUUUUCCAAAAUUUCAAAUUUCUAUCCUCUCAUCCAACGUUCUUUAGAAUGUAGCACAAAGUAAUUGGAGGAUUUUAUCCUACUGAUCCUGCAUAAUUUUGUAAACUUCAGGAACAUCACAUCUUACCCCUUCUUUUCUCGAGACUUAUGAUUUAUUUACCUGAUAAAGUGCUUUGGUGUGAUAAUUUCCAUCUUUUUUGGUUUUGUUUCUAAUAAAAAAACAUUAAAAUAUUUUAAGUUUAAUAUUUGUUAAGCAUAAUUGGAGAACACAGUGGGUCAUUAUGCCUCAAAUCACCUGAAUUGUUAUUUUUUUAAGUACUGUUUAAAUGAAUUUUAGUUUUAUAUGCUUCACUGUCAGUAGGGGUUAUGCCAGUAAGAUUACAAAUUUUUAAGUUCAGUUAAUACCUUAAAAUGGGACUUACAUUAAAAGAUCUGUGUUAUAUAUAUAUAUGUAUAUACAAGAAUACAGCAUCUAAUUAAUCUGUAAGAUCAGAAUGUUAAAGUGUACUACUGUGUGUAAAACAAAAUUAUAAACAACAAAAACAUGUUUGCAUUAUAUGUACACUUAGAAAUAGUUAGACAUAAUUUCAUAUAAAUCUGUAUAUGGCAGUUCUUGAAAAAUGUGAAGGGCUGUGUACUUGCAUCUUGUGUCAACUUAAUUUUGGUUAACUGUGUAUGACUUCUAUUAAUUAACAUGAGAGUUAAUUGUUUACAGCAAGAUACAUCAUGUAAUGGUUUGCAUAACUUGGUCAUUCAGCAGAAUGAAUAGUUACAUGAGACUAUGCAUUUCAUUAAAAUGUUUUGGAGAGCAAGCCAGAACUGACUCUAGGGACUUAAUUUUAAUGUCAGGACCUGCAAUCUGUUACUAUCUUUUUCAACUUCAUUAAAGAUAUUGGUUUGUAUUCCUGUAAUUACUUUAUGCAUAUUGGAGUUCCAAUAGUUUUAGUAGUUUUUCUUGUGUUUAUGUUCCUUUCCUUUACCUGAUUUAUUAGUAAACAUAAAUUUUAAUGUAUUUUUUCCCCUCAGUUUAUGUAGUUAUCUCUUUUGGCUUUACUUUACCUCUUUAGCUUAUAACUUUUUGAAAAAAAAAGGGGGCUGAUUGACUGCUGGCUAAAUUUGACAGAAAACUCACAUCACAGUUUUGUAAAAUAAUUUGUUUUGAGGUUUCUUCAUGAGCUAAUUUGUUACUACAUUAUAUUACAUAUAUAUAUAUGUAUAUAUAUAUAUAUAAACAUCAGAUUCUGUGCAGACUUAAUUUGUUAGUUUACAAGUUAUUGUUACUAUGAUAGUUUGCAUAUUUUUUGUUUGUUACAGUGCUACAUAUUUGAUGGUUAUUUUUUUAUGUGGUUUGACACUUUUAUCCUUUCCAUCAGUGGUUGAUCAUACAUUUUUUCUUUAUUAUUAUGUCCAUAAAUGAGAUUUUAGCAGUACUGUAUCCUAUAGUAUUGAAGUAUCCCUUGAGAGUUUUACCACAACUAUUCUUCACAGUGUGAAACUGUAGUCUAUGAGGGCACUGCAGGGACUGGUGAAUAUUGUUUGCUGUGUAUAGUUACAGUAUACAUAAUUAGGUUGACAGGUGGUCGCUGUAUAUAGUAUGAACUGCAGUAACAUUUGAGGAACAGUUUUAGAAAAGUAUAAAAUUAGGCAAUGAACAUUAUCAAAUUCAUUCAACCAGAUUUUUUUGUAUAAAAUUAAAUGUGUAAGUUUCUUAAGGAUAUGAAUAAUAAAUUAAAUUGUCUAACAACAUUACUCAGCUCAGAAAUCAUGAAUGUUUAUUUCCGUGAAUUAUUCCAAAAAAGUGUUUUAUGGUAAUACAUCUCUCUGGUUUUGGGAUUUUGACAAAUGUAUUGCAAGAUUAAUGAUAAUGGGUUAUAUUUUCUCUUAUUGGCAGUUCUUUUGUCCUUGUUUGCUACAUAAUAGGCUGUUUAAAUUAUGGAUCCAGUUGCUGUUCUUAUUUCUGGUCUCCUUGAAACAAGUUCAGCUUCAGUGAACCAACAAAUCAACUGUGAAUAAUAUUAUUUGGAUUUUUUUAUUUUCCUUUAGUUUUUGAAUUAAUUUUAUUGAUGCUUAUUAUGGGACUUAUUUUCUCCCACCUAUUACAUAUAUAUGUGAUGUGCAGCACAUUUAUUUUAAUAUACAUUUCAAUUCCUAUUUUACCAUCUUCAGCUUACAAGUUUCACAAAGAAUUCUUCAACCUCAAAACUGAUAUUUUUCUACACUUUUACCAUUCUAAAAAAGUAGUUCUGUAGGUGGAUAAAUACUUGACACUAGUUGUUACUUGGCAAGUAGUAUCAACACACAACAUUAUAGACAAGACACCAUUUUGUCCCUCGAGAUUGUCCCUGCACACCUAUCCCUGAGAAAAGUAAACAAUUUAAAUUAUUUGUUUAUAUUUGUCCUGGAACAAAAAAGCAUAAACUUGUUAGGGAGUACUUUUCUCAAAAUACAUAUUUUGAAAAUCUGUUGUGGCCAUGCCAACUCAUAAUAUUAAAUGUUUUUUUUUAAUAUGAACUCAAUUGUAGGUUUGUCCUGAGAAUUUAGCAACAGAUAGGUAAAUAAAUUUUAGUUGUAUAAUGCUAAAGAUUGUAGGUAUCAUCCUGGUUUACACUGUUAGUUUAUAAAAAGUAAUUAGAGAUAGCAUAUUAUGAAAGAUAUUUAGGUUAGUAUAAUGAACUAAUUUGCAGAAAUAUAAGUAUAAACAAUUUGAAAUAUAAUAAUUUAUUCAACAAAUAUUUCUAUCAAGAUAUUCAGCAGAAACUGUGGUAGGCAGCUUGUAGUAAUUAAUUAAACACAGAAAAACAUAUUACAACAUGUAAUAGAAUGCACAUCCAGCUGAUCAUAUGAUGAUAAGAAUUUUUCAUGAAUAUGUAACAUAAUUUAAAUAUUAUCUUUACUGUAUAAAAUGUUUUCUUAUUGAUAGUCAAAUAAAAAUUGGGGUUUCUGAUGAUUUCCUGUUAUUCAGUAUUAUGUCAUUUAUUUUAUAUAAAAGAAAGUUACAUUUAAAACACUGGUGUAUAUGUUGUUUGCAUACAGAAGUAGAUGUUUGUAUCACUUUAUAUCUGGUUUAGAAUAUAUCUCUUGCAUUGCCUCAGGCUUUGUAUAAACCAGUGAUUGUUGACUUAAGGUGUAGUCCUUAAUACUCAAGUAGGAUAUGUUGUGACUGUUAAUGAGCACUGAGUUUUUCAAUACCAUACACUUUUGUUUAACUGAGGUUUGAUUCCUCAUUCUUUAAGGUUGUAUUAAAGCUCUUUGGGUGGGCUGUCAAAAAGGAAUUGUUUGCAUUGCUUCUGAUGUAAAAAAAAAAAAAAUUAAAAUGUAUGAAGGGUGAAAAGUUUUUCUGUAGUUGUUUAGAAUUAGUAGAAUUAUCAGUCUAAGUUGUGGUGUUCUGGAAUGUCAUUGGCCCAAGAUUUAACACUGAGAUGCUACUGAGAGCAGUUUUCAAGAAGGAAAAUGAAAUUGAUUGCAUUUAAGUAUUUAACAGCUUAGUUAUUAUAAUUUACAACAAAUAGGUAUCUGUAGGUAUCCUUGUUAACAUUCAGGCCAUUAGUUUUCAAACCAAAGUUUUACUUUUAUUAAAGCAACUUAAACAUUUCAUGAAGUGGAUGAAUUACAUUGUACUUAAAACAACUGGAUUAAUCUAAGAUUAUUCUUUUUGUAAAUUAGAAAUAAUGAAAAUAGAUCAGUGGAAUUCUUCCA